CUGACGGAAAUGGCUUGAUAAACUAUAUCUUAUUUAUUGUUAUUGAAUACUAUACGAAAUAAUAUUACAAGAAUAUAAUAGAGAGUAAACUCUUUGGAAAUGACUGCGCUAGUUCAUCAUGGACAGAGGCAAGGAACAGAAACUCCUUAGGCAGAAUUGUUGCAAAAGUGUCAAGCUGUCAGCUAGAAAUAAUAGUUCCAAAUCUCUCCAGAGUAGCGCCAGAGUAGCUAAGAACCUAGGCGUUAUUGACGGAGUGAAGUGCGCUGUCUAUGAUUAGAUUUUUUUCUCUAGUAUUCUAGGUAUUGUUGCGCCACCUAUUUAUGGUUUUUUGUCUAACACUUUGGUGUAUGGAGAUUUUGUUCCUUGCCCCUACCUUCCAUAAUCAUGGACUAACCCUUACGGUUGCUAGGUUACCAAACAACCCCUAGCAACCACUACCGCUUGUGAUUGUCAAAUAUUGUAAUUUCUCAUUUGUAUACUUGUUUAUUGUUAUUUUAUUGUGGUUUUUUCAGUAAAUAAGUAAUCAUGUCCGGAGUUAUAAAUAGGCCUAUGAGUCAAAUGCGGAAAAUGGAAGCGAAAGAAUCCCUCUUCCGGACUCGCAAGCGGAUCCUUCGGUACCUGGUCCACAGCUACUUGAAAGCCGAAGGUCUGUUCCAUGCAGCUGACACUAUGGCAGAGGAAGCAGGUCUUACUGCUGAGUACGAAGUGUGUGAUAACAUAGACCUGGACAUCAUCAUGCAGGACUACACAAGUUACUACCUAUCCCGCUUCAACAAGCAGCCUCAGUUCCUCCGCCAGCUGUCACCGCCGGUGCCCCGUAGACCUCCGACGCGACAGGCGAGACCGAGGCCGGAGGCCGAGGCCCUUGGGCCUCAUGAGGCCUCGCUACCGGAUGUUACGGUCACGCAGCUCUGUUUGGCUAAACAGGACUAUCAAAGCAUACCAGCUAUAGAACUGAAAUCCUUAUCAACAUUCCUGGCCCGAGCAUCUCCAGAAAAGAAGCAACUGGUUGAAGACUUGUACCAGGAUAUCAUCAAGCCGGCGAAUGUCAGCUGGGACGGUAUCAAGGGGCUGGGAGAGGCAAAGAGCUUGUUGAUGGAGUCUGUCGUUUAUCCUGUCAGGCACCCAGAAGUAUUCACUGGUCUUCUGGAACCCUGGCGCGGCGUUCUUCUACACGGCCCCCCUGGUACGGGCAAGACUCUGCUGGCGCGCGCCGUGGCCAACGAGAGCCGGUGCACGUUCUUCAACGUGCAGCCGAGCACGGUCGUCACCAAGUGGCGAGGGGACUCUGAACGGAUCGUUAAAGUGCUCUUCGAGAUGGCGUCGUACUACGCUCCAUCAAUAAUCUUCAUCGACGAGGUAGAGACGCUUGCCUCAGAGCGGUCCAUGCCUGGCGAACACGAAGCCUCACGGCGACUAAAGGCUCAGCUCCUGACUGAGCUGGAUGGAGUGAGCGAGAGGGAAGGCAUCGUGUUCCUGUUAGCCAAUUCUAACAUGCCAUGGGACAUCGACCCCGCCAUGCUGCGUCGCUUAGAAAAACGCAUCUACAUCCCCUUGCCAGACCAGAAGACCCGAGCUGAACUAUUCGCUCUGUUUCUCGGUCCUGAUGGAGCUCCGUACGUUACCGACUUGGCCUCUAGAACCGAGGGGUAUUCGGGCAGCGAUAUCAAGCUGGUGUGUAAGGAGGCACUCAUGGCUGGCGUGAGGAAGAUGCUGCCCAAUAUGGGGAAAGGAGACAAACACCACCGCAAAGACCGUCUAGACCUCUCCGCCAUCUUGACAGCCAUAGAGAAGACCAAGCCCGUCUCCAAGAACCUGAGCAAGAGGCACGAGGAAUGGCAGAAUGAGACAGGCUGCUCGUAAUCCGAAUUAAGUCUUAUUGCGUCCUGAUAAAGUAUAAAUUUCAUCAAUACCAUAUAAUGUUUGACUGGUGUAUUCA